AUGUUCUGGGGGGGGAAUAUUUCAUUUGGAUUCCAUGCAUUUCAGCAGCCAACAGAACCGGGAACUGGCUGAAUAUGGAGUUGAUCAACCACUUAUUCCAGCUACGAGAGCAAUGACACCCAACAGCGUCCAGGACCUUCUCGAUAACAUCUUCUAACUCAGAGGGAUUGACAGACUCGAGGACUUCUACAAGAAACAAUGGAUUCUUCACGCAAGAAAAGUGUCCGAGAAAGGAGUGGACACGUCGCGGUGCUGCAGGAAAACCUACUUUAUAUUUGGGGAGGAUUCACGUUAUCUGCCAGUGAGACACUGUCUUUACCUCCUGAUGAACUUUGUGUGUUCAACGCAGAGCAAGACACAUGGGAAAUAUUCGACAUGAACGGAGACAUUCCUCUUCUGGCAUCAGGGAGCUGUGGCUGUUGCUUAGACGGACACAUGUACAUAUUUGGAGGGUGUGAGUACAACUGGCAUACGAACGAGAUGUAUUGUGUGAAUCUAAAGGACCGAACCUACACCUGGAAAUAUCUGUGGUACAAUUCUGACUCGGCUCCGUCACCUCGGGACCAAGCAUCCUGCUGGGUUUAUAAAGGAAGAAUCAUCUACUUUGGUGGCUACGGUGAAAAACUCCUGGAUGAUUACGACGGCUGUAACACCAGUUUCAUAGUGGACCAAGCAUCAUGGCUGGAGGAUGUCAUAUGGGGAUGGAACAAUGAAGUCCACGUGUACGACCCUGUAAAGUCCACUUGGCAGGAGCCUCGCAUGUUUGGUCAGGUUCCGCCUGCCAGAGCAAGCCAUGCCAGUGCAGUUCUUGGCUCUAAAGGAUACAUUUAUGGAGGGAAUCAGCUGGAAACACAGAUGAGCGACAUCCAUUGUCUGGAUCUUGAAUCCUGGACAUGGACUCAGAUAACUCCACAGUCCAGCGCUCCAGCGGGCAGAUCGUGGCACACGCUCACCGCCGUCAGCGAGAGCACCGUGUUCCUGCUCGGAGGCCUCGGGGCUGGCAACAAGGCCAUGAGUGACAGCUGGCUCUUGGAUGUUGAAACACACACCUGGAGGGAGACUGACCACCUGAAGAAAAACACAAGGCUGUGGCACUCUGCAUGUUCACCCGGCGACUCCAGUGUGGUCGUGUUUGGAGGAAGCCGCGACUUCAUCAACAGUGUUUUCACAGAUCACUGCAAUGACGUCCUUAUUUUCCAGUUGCAACCUCAAUCUUUAUUCAGGAUUUGUCUGAAUUACAUGUCCAGCAAUGCGACAAGCAGCCAUUUCCUCCGGAGCCAGCUCAGCCAUCUUCCCCCGAGGUUGUUGUCGGCUUUACAACCAAGAACUCUCCCCGAAUGAAUGUAUAUUUACAUGUCAGUGUGCACAUGUUGCUCAGUACUGUCCACUGCAAUGCACUUUCAAGGUGAUGUUUAUGAGCAUGGUUCAGUGUUUAAUGUCUCAGGUGAAAGCAUCCUCAGUUCCAGUCCACUGUUACAGUUGGUGUUGACAUCGUCUCAAGACGUUCUGUUUUUGCCGCCGACCACAUUCUUGUGCUGCUUCUGUAAUUGCGCAUUAGCAUGCACUGCCCUGUAAAGGGGCCCAGGAAGCAGCUGAGAUGGUUCCAAGUGUUCAGAACGUUUCUUUCAUGAACACAGGGGGGAAAAAAGGAAUGUGAAAUGUUUAACUUUCAGGUCACUGUGUAUUUAUUACAGGUAAUCGAACUGUCACGCUGCAGUAAAUUUAUAUACAAAGAUCAGAUGCUGUUCUUUUUAAUGCUACGUGAGAAUACAAGAGAGUUGCGUAACAAAACAUAUGCACGUGUCAAGGGCCUCCUCACUGUUUCUGUGGAUGAAAAAUGCUAUGUUGAAGAAUCCUUUAAUAAAAACAGGUU